GGUGCAGCAGGACCUGGCCCAGCACGUCCUGGGGGCCAUCCGGAGGCGGGAGGAAGCUUGGCUCAUCGGGAAGGUGGUUGCCCCGUGUCACACAGGUUAGCAGGGUCCUCGUGGGAGGCAAAGCCCCAGAAGUGACCCAGAGCGUGGUUUGCUCUCCCUUCAGUGGGGUUUGCACUUAGGGAUGUGUUGUUUGGUUUUAAAGUGGAGACAGGGUGAGUUGUUUUGGGGGGUGAUUCUGGGAAGUGCUGAGCGUGUCCUGGGAGCCAUCGGGUGCCCGCAGCUCUGGAGGCCCUGAGACUCCCUGUUGCAAAAGUUGUGUGGUUCACAUCUUUUCCCCCUUGUUUCACCAGGCUGGAGGCUCUUUGACACCUCCACAUCCACAUUCCCUUAUCAAAUAGUGAGGAAUGAAUGUUGCUUCAGAGUGACAGUACCUGGAUAACCUGUUACCCAGGUACCUUCUGGAGGCUCCAGUAAAUCCCUCAAAUAUCAGCUGUUUUACCACAAUCCUGGUAGUCAACUCACCUCCUUCCCAGCCUGCACAGAUCCAUGUAAAGGCUGAGGAUCUGUGCAUCUGAUGAGCUGUGGAUGGUCUGUGUGAUGGUAGGGCUGAAGGUGUGUCCAUUGACUGACAUCCAGCAUGAUGUGAGCCAAAAUCCCUCUGGAAACCAAACACUUUGGGCAGCCAAAAUGUCACCUCAGCUCCAUCAACACGGGUUUUAGUGUCAUUUUGCAACAUGAGAGGAAGAGGAGGAUGGGAAUAACAGAUGGGGCUAAGCCUUGAGAAGGCCAGGCCAUGCCCAGGCCCUUUGAACACCUCUGGGAGUGAGUAACACAAAAGGGAUCAGCACAACCCCUGUGAGCUGGGCUGGUCAAGCAGUGAGUGCCUUUGUAGUCCCACCAGUGCCAGCAGAAACUCGUUGCUGAUGCACCUUCUUGUCAUUGAAACUUAUUGUUAAUAAACCAUAUUCAAGUUCAUAAGUUCAACAGGGUCAGUUCAGAGGGCAAAGUCACGUCUAACGCUUUCCUCCUGUCUUUGGAGGAGGUUCCCACAUCCAGGUGGAGAACCUGGUGGAGGCCCUGCAGCAGAGCAGCCCCCAGGGCCUGCUGGGUGACACCACCAUGGAGCCUCGGCACCAGCCCAGGAGGAGAAAGGUGAAGGUGGCAGUUCUCGUCUCUGGAACAGGAGAGUCUACAGACCUUCUGAAGCCAGGCUUGCACUUUGACCAGAGUCCAGGAGGCACGACCCUCCCCGCGCUCAUCGCUUACACCAGGGAGCCAGGCAGCUGUGCCCAGGUCGUCCUUGUCAUCUCCAACAAGUCUGGCGUGGAAGAACUCCGGAAUGCAGCCCGGGCUGGAAUUCCCACCAGGGUGAUUGACCACAAGUUGUACGGGAGUCGCUCGGAGUUCGACAGCACAAUCGACCGAGUGCUGGAGGAGUUUGCUGUGGAGCUGGUCUGUCUGUCAGGGUUUAUGAGGGUUUUGUCCAGCCCUUUCCUCCGAAAAUGGAAAGGGAAAAUUUUGAAUGCUUCUCCCUCACUUUUUCCACUCAUCAAGGAUGGAAAUGCCCCUCAGGAGCCCCCCCAAAGUGGAUUCAAGGUCACAGGCUGCACCGUGCAUUUUGUCCUGGAGGACUCCGGCCCCAGGGCCGUGAUCCACCGGGAGCCCAUCCCCGUGCGGGCGGAGGACACGGAGCAGGCGCUGGCGGAGCGGGUGAAGGAGGCCGAGUGCCGCGCCUUCCCCGUGGCCCUGCAGCUCGUGGCCAGCGGGGCCGUGAGCCUGGGAGCCGAUGGAAGAACCUCCUGGAAGCAGGAGAGCCAAAGUCUGGGGCUGCACGGGGAGAAGGGAGACUGCACGUCCUCCCUCGUGGCUCCGGAGCCUCCGGAACACGGUGGGGAGUAGGCGGGUAAGGAGGGGCUCGUUUGUGCUCACCUUCCCUCCCCCUCCUCCUCCCUGUGCUGCUCUCUGAUGUGUCCAUGGCUCAGGUUUCCACUCCCAGCUUUUCCCUCAGCUCACAGCUUUCCUUACACUCCUCUCGGAAAACCGGCGGUGGAAGCCAAGCUGUGCUUUCAGAUUUGGAAUUUCUUGGUUCUGUUCUUUGGUCUGUGAAGGACAUAACGAGUCCCAGGGAUGGCUCCGGCUGUGGAACUGCUCCGCUGCUCCCGAGGGAAAGUCAUUCUUCCAAGGGAUCCGUUUUUGUGGCUGCACACACAGCAGAGCCCUGGGAGCUUCCCAAAACAACCCCAGACAGGGACUGGGGAGAGCCCUGGGAGCUUCCCAAAACAACCCCAGACAGGGACUGUGC